AGUUCAGUGAGUAUGAAAAUUACGCUCUGAUGCUCCAACACUCUGCCCAAGCUAUCCAACAUGCCCAUUCAUUUUCAAUGCAAUCCUUUGAGAAUCGUCAAAGAUUGGUUGAUAUGAAGAGGGAAGCAACUUCAAUGAAGAGAGAAUUAAGGGCCCUUGAAGUAAAAAUGAAAAAACUAGAGGAUCAAGCCGAGGCUGCAACGAAGAACCAAACCUUAGCUCUUGAAAAGGCCGAAGCUGCUGAGGCCGUUAAAAAAGUAGCUGAAGCCGAGAAAAGGGAGGCCGAGGCUCAGAAGGUCCAAGCGCAAAAAGAACUUCAACAAGCUUUGGCCACCAAGGAGGCCGAAGUCAAAGAGGCCGAUGAAAAGGCCUAUGCUCAAGGCAUGGCCGACGUUGCAGAAGACUACAAACUUCAAGUCAGGCAGGCCUGCAACAGGGGAUUUUCCCUUGGUUGGAUGUCCCUGAUAAAGAAGCUUGAUCUCCCUGCUGACUCGCCAUUGCGCCAAGCCGAUGCUAUUCCUUUACCAUUUCCUCCUCCAAGUCAGACUGAAGAUGAAUCAGAGGCCGAGGUAGAGGCUGAGGAUGAAGACGAAGAAAAAGAUGAGGGUGAAGCCUUGGUGAGAAAACCCAAGGACGCUGCUAAGGCCAAGUCCUCUCUUCCAGCUGAGCAAAUUUUAGACUUAACUCAAGACGAAGUGGGUGAUGAGCCUGAGGAAGUGUCCAAGGAAUUUGUUCAAGGGUGUCCAUCAUCUGACCUCCUUCUGACUGACAGAAGUCUUGACACAACUUUGGCAGAGAUAGAUGCCGAAAUACAAGCGGAGAAGGUGGUCGAGGAGAUUCCACCUGAAUCACCCGAGGUCCCAGUUCUUGCUGCUGCUGAUGUUCAAGAGUCUUGAUUUCCCUCUCGUUUUUUUUUUUCUUUUCUGGAUUCUGGACUUUGUUUUUUCUCUUAAUUCUUGGACAAUGUAUAUUCCUUCUUGUGGCCGAUGUUCUUUCUUCACUAUGUGAUUGUACUGUUCUUGCAAUGGAUAUUUUCGAUCUUAUGAUGUUCUGUUGUUUGCUUCUGCAUAGUUUUAUACUUAGAAAUUUUUGCAUGCUUUCUUAUUUUGCUUUCUUUGUGCAAUCUUCUCGGGGUUACAUACCUCGGGUAUAACUACAAAGCUUUUACUUCGGCAAGAUGCUGACCUGCAAACCUUGUAUAAUUUUUGACAAGCACAGAACAUAUACUACUCAAUGUAUACUUCUGCCAUUUUUUCAAGUUUUCAAUAAGUAUUUAAACAAUGAUUUCGUUCUAACCUACUUGUAAAUUGCUAC